AUGGCGUCAAUGGGGUUAACGACAGCACCGCCUGCGGUGUCAGGAGGCAAGAGACUGGUCUGUCGAGUAUGCCAGAAGGCAUUCUCCAAGGCUGAACACUUAAGGAGACACGAGCGUGGCCAUACGGGAUCUAAACCAUAUGUCUGUAAGGAGUGUCGAAGGCCCUUUGCCCGACAGGACGCUCUCACUCGCCAUCAAAAGCUGCAUGCUCGUGGUAUAAAUGCAAAGAAUGGCUCGUCGGAGAUUAACUUUUCGCCACAGCCUACCUCUUUAAAUUCUCUCGCUUCUUGGGAUACGACAAGUGCUUCCACUGCUGAUCCGGCGUCAACUUCAGCGACGAGUCACUCCUGGGAUGGGUCUCAUCCCGGCGAUCAUGCAAGUGAUCAUGCAAGUAUGCAUAAUGUUGCCUCCGAGUUAGACUUUGAAUUGGUCUGGCCUGAUUCGGAAGACCUGUUCCAAAGCUUGAUGUCCUCGGAUACGACGGAUCAAUGGCAGAUGCCGCUUGGUACCUUGCCUUUUCCACACGUUGUGCAGGGUAUGAAUGGCAUGAGCUCCGGGUCUCCAAAUCUGUUCGAUGACCGUAGGUCUCCUGUCGGGGCAAUACCGUCCGGUGGAGGGCAUCAGGCAGUGCGAGAUGUCACAGAGAUGGUGACAAGCUCGUCAUCCAGUGUUACCGCCGCCGUCAAAGCUACGUCCAUAACCUCAGUAUUCCUCGACGAAUGUCUCCAUAUGUUCUUCGUCCGCUUCAUCCCAACAUUCCCAAUCUUGCAUCGUGCAAAUUUUGUUUUCCGCGAAUGCACGCAUGCUCUCCUCCUUAAUGCCAUUGCCAUCGGCUCUUUGUACCUAGGGCCCAAGGACUCAGUUGCAAAAGGCGAAGCCCUGUGGCGUCUAGCGCAUACCGCACUUUCAACUUCUUGGCAGUCCCUGAUCGCACAUACUGGCCCAUAUGAUGCAUGCAAGGGAGUUCAGUUGAUGAUCACAGCCCUGCUGGGCCAGAUAUACGGGGCGCUAUCAAAGAACCGGGCAAUUCGAACCACCAGUCAGGUCUUCCACCCGCUGGGCUUCCUAUGGGCAAGACACUGCGGCAUGUAUGAUAGCCCGCCAUACUCGAUGGACAACCUCCCCUCGAUCGAUGCCCCCACUGCAGAAAAGGAACGCCAGUGGCGAAUCUGGUCUGCGCGGGAGAUCCAGCAACGCGCCCUGUUGGCCUACUACAUCCUGGACGGGCUUGUUGCUCAAACCUCGAGCGAUGGAGCCUCUUCUCGCCAUGUGGCAAACUCACUCGGCCUCCCUAGUAGCGAGGAAGCCUUUGACGCCAGCACUACCGAUGAAUGGUUGACUCAUAUGCACACACAAACACCGGAUCAGUCCUCAUUCAAAAUGAUUUUCCGCUCCCUCUUCCCACCGGUCGGGAGCUUCCGCGCUCUAGAGUACCAUUUCUCCGCCUUUUCACUGCGUGUGGUGCUGGAAGGGCUCCAGUCUCUAACCUCCGACUUCGAUGACAAUGAACUAGCCGUGGGAGUUCCUAGCCAAUCAGAGGUCCGGCGAGCCCUAGCCCAAGUUCACGAGACAAUAUCCAUGAGCAUCCACUUUACCGCAGCAGAGAGACUUGAAAUUCUCCUGCGUUGGCACACAGUUUGCCUAGAUACAAUGAUCAACUCUACCGCCCUCGCCCGCCAUGUCUGCUCGCGCUACAACAUUAUCCAACAUGUCUCCGGUGGAUGCGGAAUCGUCCGCCCGGACUUUGAUCUAGUCAAAUGGGCUAGUUCAGAAGACGCGCGGCGGGCCGUCCUCCACGCAGUCGCCAUCCAAGACAUCGUAGAGCAAUUACCACGUGGCCGCGCGCACGCCGUUCACAUGCCCAGCUCACUGUUUGCAGCCGCAACAAUAUACGUUGUCUUUUCGCUUGCAGGAGUCGCUACUGUGAAUUUGCCUCGCAACAUCAUUUGGCAAGAUGCUUUGCUGUCCCAUUCGGAUCUAAACCUGGGCCAUGUGGAUAUCCGGCCUCGAUCUGGCUCGGAGACAAAGCGCUUUGUUGAGAAUGGAAAUGGGGCCUCCUCGCUUCCGCUUCCUAUUGGUGGUUCUGUUAGGAACCUGUUUUAUGAGCUCAACUCUAUGCAAAAGCUUUUCCGGUGCUUAUCUUCUCAGUGGGGUAUUGCGCAUGACAUGGAAGAUAGUAUUGCACAAUGGAUUCAGCUCUGUCAUUAG